AGCCUGCUCUUCCCUUCUUACAAUCCCCAUGGAGGAGACAUCUGGCGGCUUGACAGGCCUUGAGCUGCAAGUUUUCGUUUCCAACGAGAAGAUGUUUUGGUGAUCUUAAUUCUUCACAAUAAGCUACCCCGUGUAGCAUUUCUCAUCGUAAAUAAUUAAAAUGGAGAUCAUCUUGGCCUUAAUAGCUACUCGGUUGGCCAUAAUUUUCGGAUUUCUUUCCAUCCGAGCAAUUUUUAGUGGAGGAUCGAAAACAUCAGCAAACAACUUUAACAUCUGUGCUGUUGUGAAAGAGGGAAUGGCGGCUGAAUCUAAAACCCCCAUUCAUAAGUGUGUGCAUCCCCUAGAAGAAAAAGCCACAAACAAGGUGAAGGAAGAACCGAAUUCACAAAAUGAACAAAACAGCACACAAAAAAAGGCAACACAAAAUAGCGAAUGCUUUAGCCACGGAGAUAAAUCAAUAGAUGAUGCAAGUGACCUUUUUAUUAAUCCGCAUGAUUUAGAUUUAUUAUCAACAAGUGAAGGAAAUGCUAAACCAAUCAAGGUUAAAGAGUUUAUAAGAAGCUUGAGAGAAAACCAUAUGGAGGAUAUGACAGAGGAAGAAAUUGAGCAAGAGAACAGGAGAGUGGUACAUAUUACGAUAACUAAGUGAAGUUACACAAAACCCCCAAAUAUAAAUGAUAGUGGGGAAGGAAUGGACAAGAAAGGUAGCUGAUGCACCAGUCCUACCUAGAACCAAUAAAACAGCAAUAGCAUGACAGUUGCUCAAAGGUAUGAGAAGUUUUCAUGAUGCUGGAAAAAGAGACUAAAAGUGUCAGGGAUCUACAAAAAAGCGAAUUUUGUAUAAGGAAACAAAAUGAAGGUGGCUUGGCUGGUAAAGAAUGAACAGCACUCUCAAGGCCUUACAAAGCGAAGUAAGAAUCAUGCUAUGUCGAGCCCAUAGAUACCCCAGUUCAACCAAGGGUAAGACAUGCUAAGAAACAACACACCUUACUCUAGUAUUCUCAACCAAAAAUCCAUCAUAGUCCCAGUAAAAUAUAUCUUA